GACAGCGGCAGGGCCCGGCCGCCUCCGCCUGCCGCACCGCCGCUCGGGGCCUGCCCCAGGCCCAGCCCCGGCGGAGGGCGGCCGGGAGAUGCAGCAAAAGCUCAAGGAAGAGAGGGAGGCUAAACGUGCUCGGCUAGAUGGCAGGCAUGAUUACUUGCUGGAUACCGUUGCCUCUUGUGUGAAUCUGGACAAAGCAGAAGUAGAAGAUGCUCUUCUUGAUGGUAACCAGAUAGAGCGCAUUGACAAAUUCCUGGCCCCUGGAGGUCUGCGUCAUCUGAUGUUCUACUAUCAAGAUGUGGAGGCAGUGGAUACAGAGCACUUUGGCCUUCCAGGAAGAGGAAUAAACUCUCAUUUGACAAAGAAGAAGAAACCUAAAGUAUUUGUCACAGAGGGAAAAGAAGUUGCUUUAACUGGUGUAUGCAUUUUCUUCAUUAGAUCUAGUCUUUUUAAACCCAUCACAGUGGAGAAUAUCUAUCAGGAAGUAAAUUUUAAUAUGAUGGAUGUAGGUAGAGAUGGCUUACUAAAAAGUGUUGAGCUGUUGAUAUCGCAAAUCUUCAUUCCAGCCUUACAGACUACAGACUGUGGCUGGGUUGAAUUUGGUGGACCUCAACAAGCUUCCAAUAUUAAGCAGGACUUCCUUUGUUCCCUCGAAGCGUUUGUUAAUGUGCUAUCAGGAGCUCAGCAAAGUCUGUUGGAAAAGGUCAAUCUGAAGAAAUGUGAAACGUGUGAUCUGGAAACUUUAAGAGGACCUUCCGAUUACCUGCUGGUUGCUAACAGCAUAGAUGGUCUCAAAAGAAUAGAAAUCUGCAUGAAAGGAUGGACCAAACAAAUUGAACAGGUUCUUGCAGAAAAUGACCAGCUGAGAAAGGAAGCUGAUGACCUUGGACCAAGAGUAGAGCUUGAUUAUUGGAAAAAGAGAUUGUCAAAAUUCAACUACCUUACGGACCAGCUGAAGAGCCCAGAUGUGAAGGCAGUGCUUGGAGUACUCACUGCUGCGAAAUCCAAACUUCUGAAGAACUGGCGAGUGUUGGAUAUUCGCAUCACAGAUGCAGCAAAUGAAGCUAAAGAUAAUGUGAAGUAUCUGUAUUCUCUGGAAAAAUGUUGUGACCCAUUGUACAAUAGUGAUCCUGUAUCUAUGGUGGAUGCUAUUCCAGGACUCAUAAAUGCAAUUAAAAUGAUUCAGAGUACCUCUCAGUAUUACAACACGUCUGAAAAAAUAUCCUCGCUGUUUGUGAAGGUGACCAAUCAGAUGAUCACAGCAUGUAAAUCUUACAUUAUGAACAACAAUACGGCCACCAUCUGGAAUCAACCUCAGGAGAGAGUUAUGGAAAAGCUACAAGCAGCUAUUAGACUUAAACAGGAGUAUCAAAAUUGCUUUCACAAGAUAAAAGAGAAAUUGGAACAAAAUCCAGCUGAAAGACAGUUUGAUUUUAGUGAGAUGUAUAUCUUUGGAAAAUUUGAAACCUUUCAUCGACGUCUGGUAAAGAUAAUAGAUGUUUUCAAUACUAUGAAAACCUACUCAGUUCUACGGGAGUCUAAGAUAGAGGGAUUGGAAGGAAUGAUCACAAAAUAUGAGAGUAUUGUUGACAUCAUGAAGAACAAGCAUUACAAUUUCUUGGAUCAACGGAAGACUGAUUUUGACCAAGACUAUGAAGAGUUUUGCAAAGAAAUAAAUGAUCUUCAUGAUCAAUUAAGGAUUUUCAUGGACAUCACCUUUGAAAAUACUCUGAACGCUGAAAGAGCACUGAGUAUGUUGAAGAAAUUCGAAAGAUUACAAAUCCCGAGUCUCGGCAUUGGUGAAAAGUAUCAGAAAAUAAUUCAAAACUAUGGCCGUGACAUAGAAACAGUCUGUAAGAUCUACACUCGGCAGAAGCAGGACCCUCCACUGGCUCGUAAUCUGCCUCCAAUAGCUGGUAGGAUCUUGUGGGCACGCCACCUAUUCCAUAGGAUCCAGGAGCCCAUGGAAUCUUUCCAGCAGCACCCGGCUGUUCUGCGAACACCAGAUGGCAAGCGUGUAAUCCGCAACUACAACAAAGUGGCAAAAGUUCUGAUGGAGUUUGAGGUGAUCUACCACAGGGGAUGGCUUCAGCAGAUUGAAUUAACUAAAAGAGGACUUCAGGCAUUUCUCUUGGUAAAAGCUCCAGAAACAGGAGAAUUAUUUGUGAAUUUUGACCCUCAAAUAUUAACUUUAAUCAGAGAAACAGAUUGCAUGGCUCACAUGUGCCUUGAAAUCCCACCAUCUGCAAGUAUUAUUCAACAUAAGAGAGACUGGUAUAAGAAGAUUGUCAGCAAUUUGCACAUGAUGCUGGCGGAAUAUAAAAGAAUUAAACUGAAAAUACAACACCCUAUGGAACAACUGAUGGCUCCUCGGUUAGCAAACGUAGAUGAUGCUAUCCAGCCAGGUCUAAUGUUACUGACUUGGACAUCCUUGAAUAUCGAGAAAUACAUUAAUACAGUUUUUUACAAGCUAGCUGAGCUGGAGUUAUUGCUUGAUCGAGUGAAUGACUUGGUUGAAUUUCGUAUUGAUGCUGUCCUUCAAGAAAUGAAUAGAGUGCCACUCUGUAAGUUGCCAGAAGAUGAACCACUGAGCUGUGAGGAAUUUCUCCAACAAACUAAGGAGCUCUGUAUAAAAGGUUCUCGGACUUUACAUUUAAAAAGCUCACUGGUGGAAGACGCUGCUAAUGAGCUGAUUAACAUGUUACUUGACACUGAGGUACAAGUCAGAAAAGAAGACGAGAAGUCAGUUGUACCCAUUGGUGAAGUAAGGGAAAAAAGUACAGCAACAGAAGAGGAAAGAAGAUCGAAAAGCUUGACUGCCUCCCACAAUUCCAGUGAGAUACGGGCUGGACUCUCUCCUCUGGCAAAGAGAAAGAGAAUGGAUUUAGAAAUGUUAGAGGAAGAAGCCAAUGAACUGCUUUCCUACUUCAAUCAUUGUAAUAUUGAUGCCCUUCUGAAAGUCACUCGAAACACUCUGGAGGCCAUACGCAAGCGUAUCCAUGCAUCUUCCAUGAUCAACUUCUUAGAAAAUCACAAUGCUUCUAAGCAGAAGAAAAGUGCUCAUCCUAUAAUUAGGACUAGUAUUAACCUAUCUAUACCUAAUGUUGUUAUGAUACCCUCUUUGGAUGAGGUACAGCAGACGCUUAAUAAAGCUGUAGAUAGUAUUGUGAAAGUAAUGAAAGGAGUUGGACAGUGGAGUAAGGAGAGAAUAUCCAAGAAGAAAAUGCUAGAGAGAAAAGUGGCUGUGUUGUGGUGUGAGAGCACAGACAGUGAUUCUGAUGAUGGAAUGAGAGAGACUGGAAAGAAAAACUUCCCUGAUAGCAUGUCAGAUGCAGCAUCACUCAGUUUGUCUGAUCCGGUGCAAAACCAGAACUACUUCAAGAGUGUGUCAGAGAACAAAGAAAUUAUUAAAUUGGUAUCUUUACUCAGCACAGCUGUUAAUUCUACAAAAAGGGAAGUUCUUACAGCUUUGGAGAGUUUUAGUUGUUACCACCAUGUAUGGCAGAGGGACAAGGAGGAGACCAUUGAUAAAUUAAUGAUGGGAAACCCCUUACUUUCUGAAUUUGAAUCUGAAAUUCUGCAUUUCCAAGACUUGGAGCUGAAAAUCAAUUCUGAACCUGAAUACAUCUGUGUGGGAGCUAUUGCACUAUACACUGCUGAUCUGAAGCUAGCACUGAGAGCAGAAACCAAAGCCUGGAUGACUUUGCUGGGGUGUCAUUGUAAUAAGAAGUACCGAACAGAGAUGGAAGCAAUUUUCACUUUUAUAGAAGAAACUGGCAAGAAGUUAAAUCGCCACAUCAAGGAUCUAGAUGAUAUAAGAAUAGCCAUGUCAGCUUUAAAAGAGAUCAGAGAACUACAGAUCUCCAUAGACUCUCAAGUUGGGCCCAUUGAGGAAUCCUAUGCUAUGUUAAACAAAUACAAUCUACUUGUGGCCAAGGAAGAGACAGAGAAGGUGGACACUCUGCACUACGCUUGGGAAAAACUGCUAGUCCGUGCAAAUGAAGUGCAGAAUGAGCUCAUUGCUUUGCAGCCAGACUUCAGAGGAGAGCUCAUUAGAGCCGUGAAGACUUUUACUGAAGACUGUGCACAGUUCUAUUCAGAUUAUGAUCAGAAUGGGCCAAUGGUGGUUGGUUUAGAGCCUCAGGAAGCCAGUGACAGGCUUACAAUGUUUCAGAAUCGAUUUGACAGUCUUUUUCGGAAAUAUGUUACUUACACUGGUGGGGAAGAUCUUUUUGGUUUGCCUGUUACUCGGUAUCCUCAGCUGCUUGAAAUAAAGAAGCAACUGAAUCUGUUACAGAAACUCUAUAAUUUAUAUAACAAUGUCAUUGACACAGUCAGUGGCUAUUAUGAUAUUCUUUGGUCAGAAUUAGACACCUCAAAAAUUAACAGUGAACUUCAGGAGUUUCAGAACAGAUGCCGUAAGCUUCCUCGUGGUGUAAAGGAAUGGCAGGCCUUUUUUAACCUAAAGACGAUCAUUGAAGACUUCAGUGAAUGUUGCCCCUUGCUUGAGCGUAUGUCAAGUAAAGCCAUGAUGCCUCGGCACUGGAAGCAGAUUACGGAUCUCACUGAACACAACUUUGAUGUGGAAAGUGAAACGUUCAAGCUGAGGAAUAUAAUGGAAGCUCCACUAUUAAGAUAUAAAGAGGAAAUAGAGGAUAUCUGCAUAAGUGCUGUGAAGGAGAGAGACAUUGAGCAGAAGCUAAAACAAGUGAUAGCUGAAUGGGACAACAAAACAUUUAUCUUUGCAAACUUUAAAGCCCGUGGGGAACUCCUUUUAAGAGGUGACAGCACAUCAGAAACAAUUGCUACCAUGGAGGACAGUUUGAUGAUUCUUGGCUCUCUCAUGAGCAACAGAUACAACACACCAUUCAAGACACAGAUUCAGAAAUGGGUGCACUAUCUUUCCAACACAACAGAUAUCAUUGAGAACUGGCUGAUUGUACAGAACUUGUGGAUUUAUUUAGAAGCUGUUUUUGUUGGCGGUGACAUAGCAAGGCAGCUUCCAAAGGAAGCAAAGCGUUUCUCUAACAUUGAUAAAUCCUGGGUGAGAAUCAUGACCCGAGCUCAUGAAACACCUAAUGUUGUUCAGUGCUGCGUUGGAGAUGAAAUCAUGGGACAGUUACUACCACAUUUACUAGAACAGCUUGAAAUUUGUCAGAAAUCACUCACAGGGUACCUGGAGAAAAAGCGCCUCCUAUUUCCACGAUUCUUCUUUGUGUCAGAUCCUGCUCUCUUAGAAAUUCUUGGCCAGGCAUCAGACUCUCACAAUAUACAGGCACAUCUGCUGAAUGUCUUUGACAACAUUAAAACUGUCAGGUUCCAUGAAAGGAUAUAUGAUCGUAUAUUGUCAAUUAGUUCACGAGAGGGUGAGACUGUAGAGCUGACUAGACCUGUAAUGGCUGAAGGUAACGUGGAAGUUUGGCUAAAUUCCCUGUUGAAGGAAUCCCAGCUGUCACUACAUCAUGUUAUUCGCCAGGCAGCUGCGCACAUCCAGGAAACUAGUUUCCAGCUGACUGAAUUUCUUUCUACUUACCCAGCCCAGGUUGGGUUGUUGGGGAUCCAAAUGAUUUGGACAAGAGACUCAGAAGAAGCUUUGACUAAUGCCAGGUAUGAUAAAAAAAUUAUGCGAAAGACGAACCAGUUUUUCCUGGAUCUUCUAAACAUGCUGAUAGAUAUGACAACAAAAGACCUUAGCCCAGUUGAGCGAGUUAAAUACGAGACAUUAAUCACUAUUCAUGUGCAUCAGAGGGACAUUUUUGAUGGUCUGUGUUGCAUGCAUAUCAAGAGCCCUGCAGACUUCGAGUGGCUGAAACAGUGUAGAUUUUAUUUUAAUGAAGAUUCUGAUAAAAUGAUGAUUAAGAUCACUGAUGUGGCUUUCACAUACCAGAAUGAAUUUUUGGGCUGUACUGACAGACUUGUCAUAACGCCUCUUACAGACAGAUGUUACAUCACUUUGGCUCAAGCUUUAGGCAUGAACAUGGGUGGAGCACCUGUGGGACCUGCAGGAACUGGAAAAACUGAAACCAUCAAAGACAUGGGACGGUGCCUUGGAAAAUAUGUAGUGGUCUUCAACUGUUCAGACCAGAUGGAUUUUCGAGGACUUGGGAGGAUCUUCAAAGGUCUUGCUCAGUCUGGCUCCUGGGGUUGCUUUGAUGAAUUCAAUCGUAUUGAUUUACCAGUAUUAUCAGUAGCCGCGCAGCAAAUUGCAAUUGUGUUGACAUGUAAGAAGGAAUGCAAAAAAAGCUUUAUUUUUACUGAUGGAGAUAAUGUGGAAAUGAACCCAGAAUUUGGCAUCUUUCUUACUAUGAAUCCAGGAUAUGCUGGAAGGCAAGAACUUCCUGAAAACCUGAAGAUCAACUUCCGUUCAGUGGCUAUGAUGGUUCCUGAUCGCCAAAUCAUAAUUCGUGUCAAGCUGGCUAGUUGUGGUUUCAUUGCUAAUGUUGUAUUGGCAAGAAAAUUCUUUACACUGUACAAGCUGUGUGAAGAACAACUGUCAAAGCAGGUGCAUUAUGAUUUUGGCUUGCGGAAUAUCUUGUCAGUACUACGUACACUGGGAGCAGCAAAAAGAGCAAAUCCCACAGAUACUGAAUCUACCAUUGUCAUGCGUGUGCUGAGAGACAUGAACCUGUCUAAACUAAUUGAUGAAGAUGAACCCUUAUUUCUGAGUCUAAUUGAAGAUCUGUUUCCAGAUAUCCAGCUUGAUAAAGCAGGCUAUCCUGAACUGGAAGCCGCCAUUGACAAACAGGUGGAGGAAGCUGGACUUGUUUGUCAUCCUCCUUGGAAAUUGAAAGUUAUCCAACUUUUUGAAACCCAGAGGGUAAGGCAUGGAUUGAUGACACUAGGACCUAGUGGUGCAGGAAAAACUGUUUGCAUCCACACUUUAAUGAAAGCCAUGACAGAUUGUGGACAUCCACAUCGUGAAAUGAGAAUGAAUCCUAAAGCUAUAACUGCUCCACAAAUGUUUGGUCGUCUUGAUGUUGCAACAAAUGAUUGGACAGAUGGAAUAUUUUCAGCACUCUGGAGAAAAACUUUAAGAGCCAAGAAAGGUGACCAUAUCUGGAUAGUUCUUGAUGGUCCAGUUGAUGCUAUUUGGAUUGAGAACCUUAAUUCUGUCCUGGAUGAUAACAGAACUCUAACGCUAGCAAAUGGAGAUCGCAUACCUAUGGCACCAAAUUGCAAAAUAGUCUUUGAACCUGAUAAUAUUGAUAAUGCUUCUCCAGCAACAGUUUCAAGGAAUGGGAUGGUAUUCAUGAGCUCAUCAAUUCUCAACUGGAGCCCUAUCCUUGAGGGAUUUUUGAAAAGACGUUCCUUCCAAGAAGCUGAAAUUCUACGUCGGCUGUAUUCUUCAUCAUUCCUGGACUUAUACCACUUCAGCAUUCAGUCUCUGCAAUGCAAGACUGAGAUGUUGGAAGCUUUUGUGAUUAUGCAGAGCAUUAAUAUGCUGCAGGGCCUUAUCCCACCUAAGGAACAAGGAGGGGAAUUGACUCCAAAAUACUUGGAAAGGCUGUACAUCUUCUCUCUUAUGUGGAGCAUUGGAGCAUUACUAGAACUGGAAGACCGAUGCAAAAUGGAACACUGGCUUCGAAACCAUACAACAAUAAAGAUUGAUCUUCCCUGUAUCCCAGAAGGCAGUGAGGAUACCAUGUUUGAUUAUUAUGUGUCAUCUGAUGGCAAAUGGAUGCACUGGAAUACACGUGUUGAAGAGUAUGUAUAUCCCAGUGGCAGCACUCCAGAAUAUGGCUCCAUUCUUGUGCCUAAUGUUGACAAUGUGAGAAUGGAUUUCCUUAUUGAAACCAUUGCGAAACAGGGCAAGGCUGUCCUACUAAUUGGUGAGCAAGGAACUGCAAAGACUGUUAUCAUCAAAGGUUUUAUGUCAAAAUAUAACCCUGAAAGCCACAUGGCUAAGAGUUUGAAUUUUUCAUCUGCAACUACCCCAUUAAUUUUCCAGCGUACGAUAGAAAGUUAUGUGGACAAGCGCAUGGGCACGACUUAUGGUCCGCCUGCAGGCAAAAAGAUGACAGUCUUCAUUGAUGAUGUGAAUAUGCCCAUAAUAAAUGAAUGGGGAGAUCAGGUCACUAAUGAGACAGUUAGGCAACUGAUGGAACAGAAUGGACUGUAUAACCUGGAAAAGCCUGGUGAAUUUACCAACAUUGUGGACAUUCAGUUUUUGGCUGCCAUGAUCCACCCUGGGGGAGGUCGCAAUGACAUUCCACAGAGGCUCAAGAGACAAUUUUCUGUGUUCAACUGUACUCUGCCUUCUAGUUCUUCCAUUGACAAAAUUUUUGGCGUAAUUGGAGAAGGACACUAUUGUGGUGAGCGAGGAUUUUCAGAAGAUGUGAAGAAAACAGUAACCAGGUUAGUUCCACUGACACGCAGGCUGUGGCAGAUUACCAAGCUAAAAAUGUUGCCCACACCAGCCAAGUUCCAUUAUGUCUUCAACCUUCGAGACCUCUCAAGGAUUUGGCAAGGAAUGCUGAACACUACAGCAGAAGUGAUCAAUGAACCAAAGGUACUGAUGAAACUGUGGAAGCACGAAUGUAAGUGUGUUAUUGCUGAUCGUUUCACAACCUCAGAAGAUGCAAACUGGUUUGAUGCAACUGUGGCAAAACUCAUUGAGGAGGAAUUUGAAGAAACAAAAACUUAUCUGGAUCCUGAACCUGAUGCAUUCUUUGUUGACUUCUUAAGGGAUCCACCUGAAAGAACUGGUGAGAAAUCAGAGGAAGUUAAUACAGAUAUUCCCAAAAUUUAUGAGCCAAUUUAUUCUUUUCAUCAGCUACGGAAUCGUUUAAAUAUGUUUUUACAAGCAUACAAUGAGAAUGUCCGUGGGACUGGAAUGGACGUGGUUUUCUUUGAGGAUGCUAUGAUUCAUUUAGUCAAGAUUUCUCGGGUGAUUCGCACUCCUCGUGGAAAUGCUCUUUUAGUUGGAGUUGGUGGCUCAGGAAAGCAGAGCUUGACAAGACUGGCAUCUUUCAUAGCUGGUUAUGAUACAUUCCAGAUAACAUUAACAAGAUCGUACAACACUUUAAACUUGAUGGAGGAUCUGAAACUCUUGUACAGAACAGCAGGACUGCAAGGCAAAGGCAUCUGUUUUCUUUUUACAGACAAUGAGAUCAAAGAUGAGUCUUUCUUGGAAUACCUGAACAAUGUUUUAUCAUCAGGAGAGGUAUCAAACUUAUUUGCACGUGAUGAAGUAGAUGAGAUCAUUAGUGACCUCAUACCCACCUUCAAAAAGGAACAUCCGCGUAGACCUCCAACCAGUGAGGUUCUGUAUGACUACUUCAUGAGCAGAGUCCGUCAGUACCUUCAUGUGGUUCUUUGCUUUUCACCAGUAGGUGAAAAAUUCCGAAAUAGGGCCCUGAAGUUUCCUGCUCUCAUUUCUGGAUGCACUAUAGAUUGGUUCAGCCAGUGGCCUAAGGAUGCUCUAGUGGCAGUAUCUGAGCAUUUCCUGUCCUCAUUUGAUAUAGACUGCACUGCUGAUAUAAAGAGGGAACUUGUGCAGUGUAUGGGCUCAUUCCAGGCUGGAGUGGCAGAAAAGUGUUCUGAUUACUUUCAAAGAUACAGACGUUCUACACAUGUGACUCCCAAAUCCUACCUGUCCUUUAUUCAGGGAUAUAAAACCACAUACAUAGAAAAGCAUGCUGAAGUGCAGACAUUGGCAAACAGAAUGAAUACUGGACUGGAAAAAUUGAAAGAGGCCUCUGAAUCAGUGUCUGCUCUAAGCAGAGAGCUGGAGAUAAAAGAAAAGGAACUUCAAAUUGCCAAUGAAAAAGCUGACAAGGUGUUGAAAGAAGUUACCGUAAAAGCACAGGCUGCUGAGAAGGUGAAGGGUGAAGUUCAGAAAGUGAAAGACAAAGCUCAAGCUAUUGUAGACAGUAUCUCAGUUGACAAAGCCAUUGCUGAAGAGAAGUUGGAAGCUGCUAAGCCUGCUUUGGAAGAGGCAGAAGCAGCCUUACAGACAAUAAAACCUGCAGAUAUUGCCACUGUCCGCACACUGGGUCGACCCCCUCACCUCAUUAUGCGUAUCAUGGACUGUGUGUUACUGCUCUUCCAGCGAAAAGUGAACAAUGUGAAAAUCGAUCAGGAAAAAUGCUGUACCAUCCCAUCAUGGCAAGAAUCCUUGAAACUGAUGACAGCAGGGAACUUCUUACAGAACCUACAGCAAUUUCCAAAGGACACAAUUAAUGAAGAAGUGGUAGAACUUUUGAGCCCUUAUUUUGAAAUGGUGGACUACAACAUUGAGACAGCUAGGAGAGUAUGUGGGAAUGUUGCUGGCCUUUGCUCAUGGACCAAAGCUAUGGCUGUAUUUUUUUCCAUCAACAAAGAAGUAUUGCCUUUAAAGGCUAAUUUAGCAAUCCAGGCGAAUCGCCUAACCACUGCUAUGCUGGAUCUGCAGAAAGCUCAAGAAGAACUGGGUGCCAAGCAAGAAGAAUUAGAUAUUGUUCAGGCAGAGUAUGAAAAAGCAAUGAGAGAAAAACAGACUUUGCUUGAAGAUGCUGAGCGUUGCCGUCAUAAAAUGCAAACUGCCUCAAGUCUUAUAAGUGGUUUAGCAGGUGAAAAAGAGAGGUGGACAGAGCAGAGUAAAGAAUUUGCCAUGCAAACCAAGAGGCUAGUGGGUGAUGUACUCUUGGCUACAGCUUUUCUGUCCUAUUCUGGUCCGUUUAACCAAGAGUUCCGCAGUCUGCUAUUAAAUGACUGGCAAAAGGAAAUUAAAAGUCGGAAAAUCCCUUUUGAUAACAACUUGAACCUCAUAGAAAUGUUGACUGAUGCUCCAACUAUCAGUGAAUGGAACCUGCAAGGAUUACCAAAUGAUGACUUAUCCAUUCAGAAUGGAAUCAUUGUCACUAAAGCAUCUCGUUAUCCUUUAUUAAUCGAUCCACAGGCACAGGGUAAAAUUUGGAUUAAAAAUAAGGAAGGCAGAAACGACCUUCAGAUCACCUCUUUGAAUCACAAGUAUUUUAGAAAUCACUUAGAAGACAGCCUUUCUUUGGGAAGACCUCUUUUGAUAGAGGAUAUUGGAGAAGAGCUUGACCCAGCACUUGAUAAUAUUUUGGAAAAAAACUUCAUUAAAACAGGUUCGGCCAACAAGGUGAAGGUCGGUGAUAAGGAAAUAGAUGUUAUGUGUGGCUUCAGACUUUAUAUUACUACAAAACUGCCAAAUCCGGGUUACUCUCCUGAAAUUAGUGCUCGAACUUCCAUUAUUGACUUUACUGUGACCAUGAAAGGUCUUGAAAAUCAACUCCUAGGCAGAGUCAUUCUCACAGAGAAACAGGAAUUAGAGAAAGAAAGAACAGAUCUUAUUGAAGAUGUGACUAUGAACAAAAGGAGGAUUAAAGACCUAGAAGAUAACCUCUUGUUCCGACUUACAAGCACUAAGAGUUCUCUGGCAGAUGAUGAGAGUCUAAUAAUUGUAUUGAAUAACACUAAGAAGACCUCUGAGGAGGUAACACAGAAACUGCAGACUUCUGUUGAAACUGAAGUACAGAUCAACUCAGCCCGUGAAGAGUACAGACCUGUUGCAACUCGAGGUAGCAUCUUAUACUUCCUUAUUACUGAGAUGAGCAUGGUCAAUGUGAUGUAUCAGACUUCACUUCGGCAGUUUUUGGGGCUUUUUGACCGCUCCCUAGCCAGGUCUACCAAAAACCCUAUAACUAGCAAGAGGAUUACUAAUAUUAUUGAACAUAUGACAUAUGAAGUGUUCAAAUAUACUGCGCGAGGACUCUAUGAGGAGCACAAAUUUCUUUUCACGUUAUUACUCACAUUGAAGAUUGAUAUACAGAGAAACAGAGUGAAGCAUGAAGAAUUUCUGACACUUAUUAAAGGUGGUGCUUCCCUAGACCUUAAAGCUUGUCCUCCUAAACCAGCUAAAUGGAUUCUGGAUAUGACUUGGCUGAACUUGGUGGAGCUUAGUAAGCUUAAACAAUUUUCAGAUAUUCUUGAUCAAAUUUCCAGAGCAGAGAAACAGUGGAAAAUCUGGUUUGAUAGUGAGAAUCCUGAAGAAGAACUAGUUCCUAGUGGCUAUGGUCAAUCCCUGGACUGCUUCAGACAUCUUCUUCUUAUCAGAUCGUGGUGUCCGGACAGGACCAUAGCUCAGGCCAGGAAAUACAUCAUUGACACUAUGGGAGAGAAAUAUGCGGAGGGAGUCAUCUUGGACUUGGAGAAGACAUGGGAAGAGUCAGAUCCACAUACUCCUCUCAUAUGCUUUCUUUCCAUGGGCUCUGAUCCUACAGACUCAAUUAUUGCUUUGGGAAAAAAACUGAAGACAGAGACACGUUAUGUUUCCAUGGGCCAGGGCCAAGAAAUCCAUGCUCGUAAACUUCUACAUCAGACAAUGGCUCAUGGAGGUUGGGCACUUCUGCAAAACUGCCACCUUGGACUUGACUUUUUGAAGGAGUUGAUGGACACUGUAAUAGAGACAGAGACUGUCCAUGAAAGCUUUCGACUGUGGAUGACAACUGACAUUCACAAACAGUUCCCCAUCACCCUUCUUCAAAUGUCUAUUAAGUUUACCAAUGAACCACCACAAGGGCUCAGAGCUGGGCUAAAGAGAACAUAUAGUGGUGUCAGCCAGGACUUACUAGAUGUCAGUGACAUGGUACAAUGGAAACCGAUGUUGUAUGCUGUAGCCUUUCUACACUCUACUGUUCAAGAAAGACGCAAGUUUGGAUCUCUGGGUUGGAAUAUACCCUAUGAGUUUAAUCAAGCUGAUUUCAAUGCUACUGUGCAGUUCAUUCAAAACCACUUGGAUGGCAUGGAUGCAAAGAAGGGGAUCUCCUGGAGUACUGUUUGUUACAUGAUAGGUGAGAUCCAGUAUGGUGGCCGUGUGACAGAUGACUAUGACAAAAGACUCAUGAACACCUUUGUAAAGGUUUGGUUCAGUGAAAAUACAUUCAGUCAGGAAUUCAGCUUCUACAAAGGAUACAGCAUACCCAAAUGUGCUGUGGUGGAUCAAUACCUUCAGUACAUACAGACUCUUCCUGCUUAUGAUACACCAGAGGUGUUUGGUUUGCAUCCCAAUGCGGAUAUCACUUACCAAAGUAAACUUUCCAAAGAUGUAUUGGACAUCAUCCUCAGUAUUCAGCCUAAAGAUAGCUCUGGUGGAGGAGGUGAAACCCGAGAGGCAGUUGUAGCCAGACUGGCUGAUGAUAUGCUGGAAAAGCUUCCUGCUGAUUAUGUACCAUUUGAAGUAAAAGAGAAACUAAAGAACAUGGGACCUUUUCAACCUAUGAACAUAUUUUUGCGACAGGAGAUUGAACAAAUGCAGAGAGUUAUUUCCCUAGUGAGAAGCACUCUGACUGAUCUAAAACUUGCCAUUGAUGGGACAAUAGUUAUGAGUGAAAAUCUGAGGGAUGCUUUAGACUGCAUGUAUGACGGAAGGAUUCCAGCUAGCUGGAAAAAGGCAUCUUGGGCUUCCAGUACACUUGGUUUCUGGUUUACUGAGCUUCUAGAAAGAAACCACCAAUUUUACAAUUGGAUUUUUGAAAGCCGGCCAAGCUGCUUCUGGAUGACGGGGUUUUUUAAUCCUCAAGGAUUUUUAACUGCAAUGAGGCAGGAAAUAACAAGGGCUAACAAAGGAUGGGCUCUUGACAGUGUAGUGCUAUGCAGUGAGGUCACUAAAUGGGUGAAGGAUGAUAUCACAAGUGCUCCUUUGGAAGGUGUCUAUGUGUAUGGGCUGUAUUUGGAAGGAGCUGGUUGGGACAGAAGAAACAUGAGACUGACAGAAUCUAAGCCCAAGGUGCUCUUCGAGAUGAUGCCAGUUAUAAGGAUAUAUGCAGAGAAUAACACUUCAAAAGAUCCACGUCUGUAUUCGUGUCCAGUCUACAAAAAGACCAUUCGAACAGAUAUGAAUUACAUUGCUGCUGUGGACCUUAAAACCCUUCAGCCUCCAGAGCACUGGGUACUGCGUGGGGUAGCACUUCUGUGUGAUGUCAAGUGAUGUUAAAAAACAAAAUGUUUCUUAGAGUUCUUUUCUGUUUUUAAAAGUAAACAUCAAUAGGUAGUUAGCUAUACAGUGGAUGACUUCUAAAAACAUAUUUUCUAAGGCAUAGACUCCAUUAUAGUAUUUUUAGAAAAUUGUUCUCAAUAAACCUCUAUGAUAAGCUUAUAAAUGCUAAAUCUUAGAGUGAUAUUGUUUGGUAAAUAGAUUGAAGUACUACUUUUCAAGUCUUGACAGAUCAUGACAAAUACUUAGUGUUCCUAUGUCACUCUUUUGAGCUUAAUUUUAGCUUGAAUAAAGAUUAAGUGAUUUGAAUGUUGUUACUUUUCAAUGGUAAAUAUGCUUGUAUCGGGGCUUACCUUCAAGUAGCUAAAUGCAAAGUUGGUUGUUUUUUUUUUUUUUAAGGAUUUUUUGUUUGUUUGUUUGUUUUGUGCGUGUGUGUGUAUCUGUGGAAAGCUAAGCCCAGUUGCUCAUUCAUACUAGUUAAUAUCCUUCAAGAUGAUCUUCCAAGAUUUAUCUCCUAGCUGAUAGUUUCUAGUUUUUUUGCUGUCUAAAUAGGGAAGGUGGGACUGGAAAAACCUGACACCUGUUUCACCACUUGGAGAACAAUUUCGUUGUGCUACAUAGGAAAAUAAGCAUUUGAGAGCUCCUAGAAUUCCAUAUUAUCUGGUUCAUGACUUAUAAAUAUGUAAUGGAUAGGAAUAAAAUAGUUCCACAAGAAUUCUUGAAUAUUUUGUUAUGUGCUAGUACACCACAUUUCAGUCAAUCUUCAUCAAGGUUAUUAGUUUUAUGACAUCAAUUUUAGCUUUGCUUCUGCUCUAAUUUUGCAGUGUUGUGGUUUUAUGUAUUGUGGGGUUUUUUGGUUAGUUGGUUUGGUUUGUUUUUUUUUUUUUUUUUUUUUUUUUUUUUCUUCCCUUUCUCCUUUUUUUACUGAUGUGCUGCAGCUUUUUUGGUGUCUCAGCUAGGUAGGAAUCUUUCCACAUAUCCAUCUUAAGAGAGAAAUGUUAGCAGCUCCGUUUAGUUGAACACUAUUGACUUCACACGUCGAGCACACUUAUUUAAUCAUCAAAAAGCCAGUGUACAUUUGUUGCUGAGUCCAGUAGGUCAUGUAUCUUAGUGGUCCACUAAUCAUUCACAAUAACAGGUGAUGCAGAAGAAGAAGCAGAAAGAACCAAUAUUCCUGCUGCAUCUGUCAUACAUAAAUGCUGCCGUGGAGAAGCUGUUUUCAAUUUUUUGUCAAAUCAAUACAUGGAAUUUGA